GGGGUCUGGUCUUUGUCUUUCAUCUGGAUGGGAGAUGAAAUGACUGCACCCCGGUGUGCCCUUCUCGGGUGUCAGAAUGAAGGGCUGAUGUAAGGACUACAAAGAUGCCUUCUCUUCUGCAAGGAGCCAUGGAGGACCUGAUCAAGGUCUUCUACAGCUAUUCAGGAAAGGAAGGUGACAAAUACAAGCUGAACAAAAUGGAGUUAAAGAACAUGCUGCAGGAGGAACUCUCCUUAAAGGAGGGCUCUUAUGAUUCAGCUGAGGUUGAGAAGGUCAUGAGUAGCCUGGAUGAAAACCAAGAUGGUGAAGUGGACUUCCAGGAGUUUGUUGUUCUGGUUGCUGCACUGACUAUGGCUUGCAAUGAGUUUUUCAUUGACUUCAUUAAAAAACAGGGCUCAAAGUAAUUUGGAAGCUUUAUGAGUCCAUUGACAGAACCUACAAUAAAUAAGUGAUGUAAAACCUAACACAACAUCUUGUAAUAUGACCAAUGACAUACCUUCUAUUUAACUCUAGUCUUCCAUCUCUAAAGAUGUAGUGUUUAACCUGUGAAUAAAUCAUGUUGGUUAGAUGCCCUU